AUGGCUCCAACCCGGUAUACAGACCGUCCAAUCCCAAAAAUCUCCCUCCGCGACUUCGAGCAGCGCAUCGACGAAAUAACCUCCGAACUCAUCGACGCCUCCGAAAACGUCGGCUUCUUCACAAUAACCGACCAUGGCAUAUCGACCGCCGACAUCGACUCCAUGUUCGCCCUAUCACAAUCCUUCUUCUCCCUCCCAGACGAAAUAAAAGCCACCGUCCCCUGGAACCCCAACAAUGUCGGCUGGGAAAAGAACUCCCAGGUCCGCCCGUCCACAGGCCAGCCCGACACAAAGGAGUCGUACCAGCUGCAGUUCGGCGAGAACAUGGAUGGGAUCUGGCUGGACGAUAAGCAUAUCAACGGGUUCAGAGAGAAGUGUCUGGACUUCAUGCACGCGGUGCAGCGCGUCUCGGAGCUGCUGAUGCGCUGUUUCGCGCGCGGGUUAGGGUUCCCCGAUGCCUUCUUCGUCAAGGCGCAUGAUAUCUCGCGCGCGAAUUGCCAGACGACAUGUCGACUCCUGCACUACUUUGCGCUCCCGCCGCCUGCCCAAUCUGCAGCAGAGGGCAAAACGUACCACCGCGCGGGCGCCCACGCAGACUGGGACUUUUUGACCCUCCUCUUCCAGAAGGAGGGGCAGUCGGGGUUAGAAAUCUGUCCGGGGCGCGAGGUCGUGACCGAAUUCGGGAUCGGCGACGAGUGGACGAAGGUCGAGCCUGUUGGCGGCGAGAUCGUGUGCAAUAUUGGCGAUUUGCUGAUGAGCUGGUCGGAUGAUCGGUUCAAGUCGACUUUCCACCGCGUCAAGGCGCCGGAAAGUGAAGGGGACUAUUUUGGGGACCGGCAUAGUAUUGCGUUCUUUAACCAGCCGUGUAAGGAUGCGGUUAUCCAGGGGCCUGGCAAGAAGUAUCCUGUUGUUACCGGGGAGGAGUUUAAUAGGAAUGCCAUGCAGAGGAACUUUAGGGCGUUGCAGGAGAAGUUGAGGGCUUUGGAGGCGAAUUGA